AUGCCUGGCGUGCCUACCGUUUCUAGCGUGCCUACCGUGACUACCGUGCCUACCGUGCCUACAGUGCCUAGCGUGCCUACCGUGCCUAGCGUGCCCACCGUGCCGACUGUGCCUGGCGUGCCUGGCAUGCCUACCGUGCCUACCAUGCCUACCAUGCCUACCGUGCCUACCGUGCCUACCGUGCCUGGCGUGCCUAAUGUGCCUAACAUGUCUACCGUGCCUACCGUGCCUGGCAUGCCUGGCGUGCCUAUCGUCCCUACCGUGCCUACCGUGCCUGGCGUGCCUACCGUACUUACCGUGCCUGGCGUGCCUACCGUGCCUACCGUGCCUACCAUGUUUACCGUGCCCACUAUGCCUACCGUGCCUGGCGUGCCUACCGUGCCUGGCGUGCCUGGCGUGCCUGGCAUGCCUACCGUGCCAACCGUGCCUGGUGUGCCUGGCGUGCCUACUGUGCCAACCGUGUCUGGCGUGCCUGGCGUGCCUACCGUGCCUACCGUGCCUACCGUGCCUGGCGUGCAUACCGUGCCUACCGUGCCUGGCAUGCCUACCGUUCCUACCGUGCCUACCAUGUCUACCGUGCCUACCAUGGCUGGCGUGCCUACCGCGCCUACCGUGCCUACCGUGCCUGGCGUGCCUAGCGUGCCUACCAUGCCUACCAGGUCUACCGUGCCUACCUUUCCUACCGUGCAAACCAUGCCUACCGUGCCUGACGUGCCUACCGUGCCUACCGUUCCUGGCGUGCCUACCGUGCCUACCGUGCCUGGCGUGCCUACCGCGCCUACCGUGCCUACCGUGCCUGGCGUGCCUGGCGUGCAUAUCGUCCCUACCGUGCCUACCGUGCCUGGCGUGCCUACCGUGCCUACCGUGCCUGGCGUGCCUACCGUGCCUACCAUGCCUACCGUGCCUGGCGUGCCUACCGUGCCUACCAUGUCUACCGUGCCUACCGUACCUAGCGUUCCUACCGCGCCUACCGUGCCUACCGUGCCUGGCGUGCCUGGCAUGCCUACCAUGCCUACCUUUCCUACCGUGUCUACCGUGCCUGGCGUGCCUGGCGUGCCUACCAUGCCAUCCAGGUCUACAGUGCCUACCAUGCCUACCUUUCCUACCGUGCCUAACAUGCCUACCGUUCCUGGCGUGCCGGGCGUGCUUGGCAUGCCUACCGUCCCUACCGUGCCUGGCGUGCCUGGCGUGCCUACCGUGCCUAUCAUGCCUACCAUGUCUACCGUGCCUACUGUGCCUACCGUGCCUACCUUGCCUACCGUGCCUGGCGUGCAUACCGUGCCUACCGUGCCUACCGUGCCUGGCGUGCCUGGCGUGCCUACCGUUCCUACUGUUCCUAGCGUGCCUACCCUGCCUACCGUGCCUACCGUUCCUAGCGUGCCUACCGUGCCUACCGUCCCUACCGUGCCUACCGUGCCUACCGCGCCUACCGUGCCUACCGCGCCUACCGUGCCUACCGUGCCUACCGUGCCUACCGUGCCUACCGUUCCUACCGUACCUACCGUGCCUACUGUGCCUACUGUGCCUGCCGUUCCUACCGUGCCUAGUGUGCCUACUGUGCCUACCGUGCCUGGUGUGCCUACCGUGCCUACCUUGCCUGGCGUGCCUAUCGUGCCUACUGUGCCUGCCGUGCCUACCCCGCCUACCGUGCCUACCGUACCUGGCGCGCCUACCGUGCCUACCGUCCCUACCGUGCCUACCGUGCCUAGCGUGCCUGCCGUGCCUACCGUGCCUGGCAUGCCUGGCGUGCCUACCGUGCCUACUGUGCCCGGCGUGCCUACCCUGCCUAUCGUGCCUACCGUGCUUGGCGCGCCUACUGUGCCUACCGUCCCUACCGUGCCUACCGUGCCUACCGUGCCUACCGCACCUACCGUGCCUAUCGUGCCUAUUGUGCCUACCGUGCCUACCGUGCCUACCGCGCCUACCAUGCCUACCGUGCCUACCGUGCCUACCGUUCCUACUGUGCCUACCGUGCCUACCGAGCCUACCGUGCCUACCGUGCCUACCGUGCCUGGCGUGCCUACUGUGCCUACCGUGCCUGGCGUGUCUACCGUGCCUACCGUGCCUGGCGUGCCUCGCGUGCCUACCGUGCCUACUGUGCCUGGCGUGCCUACCCUGGCUACCGUGCCUACCGUGCCUGGCGCGCCUACCGUGCCUUCCGUCCCUACCGUGCCUAACGUGCCUACCGUGCCUGGCGUGCCUACCGUGCCUACCUUGCCUACCGUGCCUACCGUGCCUGGCGUGCCUACUGUGCCUACCGUGCCUACCGUGCCUGGCGUGCCUACUGUGCCUACCGUGCCUGGUGUGCCUACCGUGCCUACCGUGCCUGGCGUGCCUGGCGUGCCUACCGUGCCUACUGUUCCUGGCGUGCCUACCCUGCCUACCGUGCCUACCGUUCCUAGCGUGCCUACCGUGCCUACCGUCCCUAUCGUGCCUACCGUGCCUACCGCGCCUACCGUGCCUACCAGGCCUACCGUUCCUACCAUGCCUACCAUGCCUACUGUGCCUACCGUGCCUACCGUGCCUACCGUUCCUGGUCUGCCUACUGUGCCUACCGUGCCUGGCAUGCCUAUCGUGCCUAUUGUGCCUGCUGUGCCUACCCUGCCUACCGUGCCUACCGUGCUUGGCGCGCCUACCGUGCCUUCCGUCCCCACCAUGCCUACCGUGCCUAGCGUGCCUGGCGUGCCUACCGUGCCUACCGUGCCUACCGUGCCUGGCGUGCCUACCGUGCCUACCUUGCCUACCGUGCCUACUGUGCCUGGCGUGCCUACUGUGCCUACCGUGCCUACCAUGCCUGGCGUGCCUACCGUGCCUGGCGUGCCUACCGUGCCUACCUUGCCUACCGUGCCUACCGUGCCUGGCGUGCCUACUGUGCCUACCGUGCCUACCGUGCCUGGCGUGCCUACUGUGCCUACCGUGCCUGGUGUGCCUACCGUGCCUACCGUGCCUGGCGUGCCUGGCGUGCCUACCGUGCCUACUGUUCCUGGCGUGCCUACCCUGCCUACCGUGCCUACCGUUCCUACCGUGCCUACCGUGCCUACCGUGCCUGGCGUGCCUACCGUGCCUACCGUGCCUGGCAUGCCUGGCGUGCCUACUGUGCCUACUGUGCCUGGCGUGCCUACCCUGCCUACCGUGCCUGGCGCGCCUAACGUGCCUACCGUCCCUACCGUGCCUACCGUGCCUACCGCGCCUACCGUGCCUACCAUGCCUAUUGUGCCUACCGUGCCUACCGUGCCUACCGCGCCUACCGUGCCAACCGUGCCUACCGUUCCUACCGUGCCUACCGUGCCUACCAUGCCUACCGUGCCUACCGUGCCUACCGUGCUUGGCGUGCCUACUGUGCCUACCAUGCCUGGCAUGCCUACCGUGCCUACCGUUCCUACCGUGCCUGGCGUGCCUCGCGUGCCUACCGUGCCUACUGUGCUUGGCGUGCCUACCCUGCCUACCGUGCCUACCGUGCCUGGCGCGCCUACCGUGCCUUCCGUCCCUACCGUGCCUACCGUGCCUACCGUGCCUGGCGUGCCUACCGUGCCUACCUUGUCUACCGUGCCUACCGUGCCUGGCGUGCCUACUGUGCCUACCGUGCCUACCGUGCCUGGCGUGCCUACUGUGCCUACCGUGCGUGGCGUGCCUACCGUGCCUACGGUGCCUUCCGUGCCUGGCGUGCCUGGCGUGCCUACCGUGCCUACUGUUCCUGGCGUGCCUACCUUGCCUACCGUGCCUACCGUUCCUAGCGUGCCUUCCGUCCCUACCGUGCCUACAGUGCCUACCGCGCCUACCGUGCCUACCGUGCCUACCGUGCCUACCGUGCCUACCGUUCCUACCAUGCCUACCGUGCCUACUGUGCCUACCGUGCCUACCAUGCCUACCGUGCCUGGUGUGCCUACUGUGCCUACCGUGCCUGGCGUGCCUAUCGUGCCUACUAUGCCUGCCGUGCCUACCCUGCCUACCGUGCCUACCGUGCCUGGCGCGCCUACCGUGCCUUCCGUCCCCACCGUGCCUACCGUGCCUACCGUGCCUGGCGUGCCUACCGUGCCUACCGUGCCUGGCGUGCCUACCGUGCCUACUGUGCCUUGCGUGCCUACCCUGCCUACCGUGCCUACCGUGCCUGGCGCGCCUACCGUGCCUACCGUCCCUACCGUGCCUACCGAGCCUACCGUGCCUGCCGCGCCUACCGUGCCUACCGUGCCUACCGUGCCUUCCGUGCCUUCCGUGCCUACCGUGCCUACUGUGCCUACUGUGCCUACCCUACCUACCAUGCCUGGCGCGCCUACCAUGCCUACCGACCCUACCGUGCCUACCGUGCCUACCGUGCCUAUUGCGCCUACCGUGCCUACCGUGCCUACCGUGCCUACCGUGCCUUCCGUGCCUUCUGUGCCUACCGUGGCUACCAUGCCUACCGUGCCUAGCGUGCCUACUGUGCCUACCGUGUCUGGCGUGCCUACCAUGCCUGACGUGCCUACCGUGCCUGGCGUGCCUGGCGUGCCUACCGUGCCUACCGUGCCUGGCGUGCCUACCCUGCCUACCGUGCCUACCGUGCCUACCGUGCCUACCGUUCCUACCGUGCCUACCGUUCCUACCGUGCCUACCGUGCCUGGCGUGCCUACCGUGCCUACCGUGCUUGGCAUGCCUGGCGUGCCUACCGUGCCUACUGUGCCUGGCGUGCCUACCCUGCCUAUCGUGCCUACCGUGACUGGCGUGCCUACUGUGCCUACCAUCCCUACCGUGCCUACCGUGACUACCGUGCCUACCGUGCUUACCGUGCCUACCGUGCCUACCGUUCCUACCGUGCCUACCGUGCCUACCGUGCCUGGCGUUCCUACCGUGCCUACCGCGCCUGGCAUGCCUGGCGUGCCCACCGUGCCUACUGUGCCUGGCGUGCCUACUCUGCCUAUCGUGCCUACCGUGCCUGGCGCGCCUACUGUGCCUACCAUCCCUACCGUGCCUACCGUGCCUACCGCACCUACCAUGCCUACCGUGCCUAUUGUGCCUACCAUGCCUACCGUGCCUACCGCGCCUACCGUGCCUACCGUGCCUACCGUGCCUACCGUUCCUACUGUGCCUACCAGGGCCUACCGUGCCUACCGUGCCUACCGUGCCUGGCGUGCCUACUGUGCCUACUGUGGUUGGCGUGCCUACCGUGCCUACCGUGCCUGGCGUGCCUCGCGUGCCUACCGUGCCUACUGUGCCUGGCAUGCCUACCCUGCCUACCCUGCCUACCGUGCCUACCGUGCCUGGCGCGCCUACCGUGCCUUCCGUCCCUACCGUGCCUACCGUGCCUUCCGUGCCUGGCGUGCCUACCGUGCCUACCUUGCCUACCGUGCCUGCCGUGCCUGGCGUGCCUACUGUGCCUACCGUGCCUACCGUGCCUGGCGUGCCUACUAUGCCUACCGUGCCGUGCCUACCGUGCCUACCGUCCCUACCGUGCCUACCGUGCCUACCGCGCCUACCGUGCCUACCGUGCCUACCGUGCCUACCGUGCCUAUCGUUCCUACCGUGCCUACCGUGCCUACUGUGCCUACCGUUCCUACCGUGCCUGGUGUUUCUACUGUGCCUACCGUGCCUGGCAUGCCUACCGUGCCUACCGUGCCUGGCGUGCCUACUGUGCCUACCGUGCCUACCAUGCCUUCCGUGCCUUCCGUGCCUACCGUGCCUUCCGUGCCUACCGUGCCUUCCGUGCCUUCCGUGCCUACCGUGCCUACCGUGCCAGGCGUGCCUACUGUGCCUACUGUGCCUGGCGUGCCUACCGUGCCUACUGUGGCUGGCGUGCCUACCCUGCCUACCGUGCCUACCGUGCCUGGCGCGCCUACCGUGCCUACCGUCCCUACCGUGCCUACCAUGCCUACCGUGCCUGGCGUGCCUACCGUGCCUACCGUGCCUGGCGUGCCUGGCGUGCCUAACGUGCCUACUAUGCCUGGCGUGCCUACCCUACCUACCAUGCCUGGCGCGCCUACCAUGCCUACCGACCCUACCGUGCCUACCGUGCCUAUUGCGCCUACCGUGCCUACCGUGCCUACCGUGCCUACCGUGCCUUCCGUGCCUUUUGUGCCUACCGUGCCUACCGUGCCUACCGUGCCUAGCGUGCCUACUGUGCCUACCGUGCCUGGCGUGCCUACCGUGCCUACUGUGCCUGCCGUGCCGACCCUGCCUACCGUGCCUACCGUGCUUGGCGCGCCUACCGUGCCUUCCGUCCCCACCGUGCCUACCGUGCCUAGCGUGCCUGGCGUGCCUACCGUGCCUACCGUGCCUACCGUGCCUGGCGUGCCUACCGUGCCUACUGUGCCUUGCGUGCCUACCCUGCCUACCGUGCCUACCGUGCCAGGCGCGCCUACCGUGCCAACUGUCCCUACCGUGCCUACCGAGACUACCGUGCCUGCCGCGCCUACCGUGCCUACCGUGCAUACCGUGCCUUCCGUGCCUACCGUUCCUACUGUGCCUACCGUGCCUACCAUGCCUACCGUGCCAGGCGUGCCUACCGUGCCUACCGUGCCUGGCAUGCCUGGCGUGCCUACCGUGCCUACUGUGCCUGGCGUGCCUACCUUGCCUACCGUGCCUACCGUGCCUGGCGCGCCUACCGUGCCUACCGUCCCUACCGUGCCUACCGUGCCUGGCGUGCCUACCGUGCCUACUGUGCCUUGCGUGCCUACCCUGCCUACCGUGCCUACCGUGCCUGGCGCGCCUACCGUGCCUACCGUCCCUACCGUGCCUACCGAGCCUACCGUGCCUGCCGCGCCUACCGUGCCUACCGUGCCUACCGUGCCUACCGUGCCUACCGUGCCUUCCGUGCCUACCGUGCCUUCCGUGCCUACCGUGCCUUCCGUGCCUUCCGUGCCUACCGUGCCUAUUGUGCUUACCGUGCCUGGCGUGCCUACCAUGCCUACCGUGCCUAGCGUGCCUAGCGUGCCUACCGUGCCUACUGUGGCUGGCGUGCCUACCCUGCCAACCGUGCCUACCGUGCCUGGCGCGCCUACCGUGCCUUCCGUCCCUACCGUGCCUACCGUGCCUGGCGUGCCUACCGUGCCUACCGUGCCUACCGUGCCUACCGUGCCUGGCGUGCCUGGCGUGCCUACCGUGCCUACUGUGCCUGGCGUGCCUACCCUACCUACCGUGCCUGGCGCCUACCAUGCCUACCGACCCUACCGUGCCUACCGUGCCUACCGUGCCUACCGCGCCUACCGUGCCUACCGUGCCUUCUGUGCCUACCGUGCCUACCGUGCCUACCGUGCGUAG